AUGAGAGAAGUCAUCUUAUUCCCUUGGUUUGCAAGCAAAAAUAUCUCCUUGAAUCAAAAGAUUAGUAAAUUUUAUUUUAUCAAAAAAUAUUUUAUUAAAAUGCUAUCUAUAUAUAGCCGGGAACGGGCUAUACACAAAACUUUUACUCAUUAGCCAAGGGUUAAUUUCCCAAAAAUAAGGAUUUUCUAACUCCCCCCUCCGCGAGUGAACAAAAAAAUUUUGUACGCCCUCAGGGGGGUUAAUUUUUUUUUUAAAAAAAUUUAUAUAUAAAUGAUUUUUUUCAAAAUUAAAUCUAUAAAAAUUGGAAAGCAAAUAUCAAUUUAAUUGCAAAAUUCAUGUUUCAAAACGCAAUUUUUUAAAAUUAAACAGAAUUAGAUUUCAUUAUACUAAUUAUCACUUAUAUAUCAAAAUUUUUUUCCAUAAAAUUUUUCUAUUAAAAAAAUUUUUGUUCACUCACGGAGAGUGGGUUUUUGGGCAAAAAAUAGCGAUUUUUCGAAUAGUUUUGUUCACUCACGGUGGGGGGAGUAAAUAAUUUUACUCGCUAGUCGAGAGUGGGGAAGUUAGGGGUUUGGCUUCUCUUAUCCGAAGAAUUCAAGCUGCCAAAUGAAGAAAUUUCUGAUGAAUUCAAUAAAGAGUGUGAAUUUGAGACCUUGAAGGGCUUGAUGGCUAUUUCUAUUGUAUUAUUAGUGAGAGCAGCAAUUCCAAAAACAAUUUUCACAAAAUAUAGGGAAUAUCUAGGACUUAUCCAAGUAUAGCCCGUUCCCGGCUAUAGAUCGGGCAUAGUCCGAUCUUUGCUAGGAAACUCGGGGGGUUGUCUGUGUCACUUCGAGGUGACGAGUCAACUCCCCGAGUUGGCAAAUAGCCACCAUAUAGUGAUUUGCCAACUCGGGGAGUUGACUCGUCACCUCGAAGUGACGCAGACAACCCCCCGAGUUUCCCGGCAAAGAUCGGACUAUGCCCGAUCUAUAGCCGGGAACAGACUAUAUUAAGACAUAUUAUCCCAGCAUCAUUUGUGUUCGUUUAUGUUAACAUAUUUUCUCUCCUAGGAAAGCGGGCUUUGCCUUACAAAGAUGAGAUAUUAUCUAUAAAUCCGUAUUUAAAAUAUUUCUUUCCAAAACCAAUUGAUAAAAAAACAGAAGAAAAAACAAUUGAUGAAAAAACAGAAGAAAACACAAUUGAAAAUCAAUUAAAUAUUCUGCUUAAGACUAUAUAGCCCAGGGCAAUAAUAGCAGACAUGGGCUAUAAUUUUUUUUUUAUAUUAGUUUUUUAUUUAUGUCAAAUUUAAUUAAAAUUGCGUUAAUUCAAUCCAAGCUCAAGUAGCCACAAAAGAAAUAUUAGAGGAAAAAGAGAUCAUAAAUAACUCUUUAUGAGACAUGAGAUUUGGAGAUGCUGAGUAUAGGGAAAAGCUUGCUUAUAAAUAUUUUGUUUAUAAUUUAAAUAAGUGAAUUGACAAAGAUAAAGAAGAAAAUAAACCUUACAGUGAUGAGCUUUGGGGGAAUUUUAUUUUUGUGACAGCUUUAAUGCACAUUUGCUCACUUUCACUGGUGUAUAAGGGUAAUUUCUGGAGUAAUAAACCUUUUGAAGCACAGGCAUUUUGAAUUUUUCAGUUUCCCAUAUUAAAUGUAAUUGCACUUGCUGGGGUGGCAUAUUUUAAUUCUGGGUAUAGGCAUUAUCUUGAGUUGAUGGGAAUUAAAUAUGAAUCUCAAAUAUUAAAAUUCGAGCCUGGAUUGAAGAAGAGAUUUAUGAUAAAUUCCACAAAAGAUAAUUAA